CCUCCAUCAUCAGAAAAUCACCACAGGAACACGUUCAAAUCUCCAAAAACCCAUUUUCCUCAGAGUGCUUCUGUUUAGAAAACAGCUUCAGACUGGCUGAUCACUUCUUACUUUAUGUCCAGUACUUCAUCAUUCAUCUUCAUCCCUUCUCAUCUUCAUCACUUUGCAUGAAUUUGACCAAACCUGCUGAUGGUCUGGAUGCUCCUCAGUACCUGCUGUAACCUUUGACCUUUCGCAUCAUUGCCUCCAGGGCCUUCUGCGGUCACAGAAACUCGGGCGUACUUUCUUUUCGCCUAAUUGCUCCGGUUUCCGCUGACCCAGUUAGCGUUGAGGAGGGGAAGCGGCGUUUGGCAGGAACACGGGACGGGAGUUAAGGAAACGGAGAAGUGUGUCAGAGCCAGGAGAGACGUUUCGGAGGAGCUGUGGACUCCCCUGCCGCAGGAGGAGGCCUGAAGGACGAGGAUGACUGGGAAGACCCAGACCAGUAACGUGACCAACAAGAAUGACCCGCGUUCCCUCAACUCCCGCGUUUUCAUCGGCAACCUCAACACAGCGGUGGUGUCCAAGGCCGACAUCGAGGCCAUCUUUGCCAAGUACGGCAAGAUCGUGGGCUGUUCGGUGCACAAGGGCUACGCCUUCGUCCAGUACGUCAGCGAGAGGAACGCCCGCGCCGCCGUGGACGGGGAGAACGCCAGAGUCAUCGCCGGACAGCCGUUAGACAUCAACAUGGCUGGUGAACCAAAACCUUACAGGCCUAAGAUCAGCUCCAAGAGGCCGCUCUCGUCACUCUACAGCGGCUACGAGUUUGACUACUACAGGGACGAUUUCUACAGCAGACUCUUCGAGUACCACGGCCGGGUUGUGCCCCCGACCCGCGCCGUCAUCCCCAUCAAACGUUCACGGCUGGUCAUCCCAUCCACACGCAGAGCCAAAUCCUCCUUUCCGGUCAGGGGCUGCUCCUCCUCUUCCUCCACCUCCUCUUCAUCCUCUCGAGCGCUCAACAUGGGAUCCUCCAUCACAGUCCCAAAAUUAAAGACAGACCAGCUUCUCACUAUCAAGAAGGAGCUGUCCCAGAUCAAGACCAAGAUCGACUCGCUGCUGGGAAGGUUGGACAAGAUCGAGAAGCAACAUCGCUGUGAUGCUGAGAGGAAGCAGGAGGAGGUGUGCGAGCGUCUCCAUGGUGACGCAGCAGAUCACUCUGGAGGAGAGGAGGCGAGGGGCGCCGUCGAGGUGGAAGCGGGCGAGAUGAGUGACGGCGGUGAAGACGACUUUGAUGAUGAAGGCACCAGCGACGUGGUGAGCAGCUCAGAUUUCAGUCACUCCCUGUUGAUCGACUACCACAUGUCAGACAUUGACAACUGAAUAAAGUUGGAGCUGAAAAUAAGUAGCGAGAAGAAGAAGUUGAGGCCGCAAGAUGCAAACAAAACCUUCUGGAUCCCGGAGACGUCCGUGGAAGAGGCAGCGACUGACUGACAGUAGAGGAGGUUUCAGACUCAGAGCUCUUUGGCUCCGUCUCAGCGCUGAACAUUUUUCUAGGCAGAAAAAUCUCCUGCGAGCUUUUCACAGAAUGAACAGAAAAAUAGGGACAAUGCAGUGAAUCGUGUAUCCAUAUGAUAUGGUCUGUAUCGUGCAUCAAACUACAGUUCUGUGACCAGCUUUGGUUGAAUUUUAAUGUAUGUUUCUCUGUCUAUGCACUGAGAACUGUAAAAAACCUGGAAGCAGACAGAGACCUUCCUUUAUUUGUUUCAUGUAGUUUAUUUCGUUUGUGUAUUUGGAGGAAAUGUUCUGUAAUAUGAAAUUGUUUGCACUCAUAAUUUGUAAAUUGAAAUCUUAACAUUCUGUUAAUGAGGACAUAAUUUAUUUUCCGCAGCAUGACUGAGAUGUGAAAGCUACGAUUCUUCAUUUGCAUUUGUUGCAUCGGUUGUUUUGUGACGUUUUGACAUAAAUUUACUCCAAAAAAUGA